AUGCCUUCGUUCAAGACCGCCUUCCUGGCCCUGGCCGCCGCCCUCGUUGCAACCGUGCAAGCCGAUUACUACAUCAACCCCGACAGUGUCCCUCUGUCUACAAGGAAGCAGUGGUGCCAAUAUGAGCUGAGCACAUGCCCUUCGAUCUGCAACGACGAGGGAGCCGGUGGUGCCAAGGAGAACUCGUGUGACCCAAACACUCUCACCUACGCAUGCCUGUGCAACAACAACCUCCAGCCCAACGUGUCCGAGUACAGCCUGAGCCUGCCGUACUUCACCUGCACGGAAUGGGGCAACCAGUGCGUCAACGGUUGCGGAGGCGACUCGUCGUGCCAGGCCGACUGUCGGCAGGACCACCCGUGCGGUGCUCUCAACCCGACCCGCGUCAACAGCACGACCAGCUCCACGAUGGCGGCUACCGGCACGAGUGGUGCUACGGCCACGGGCGACACGAUCUACACCGGCCUGGGCGGAUCUACGUCGACCUCCACGCCCCAGGACAACUUUGCCCCCGGCACCUUUGAGAUGGCGCGUGUGUACACGAUGCUGCUCAGCAUCGGGGCUCUCUUCGCAGGUUUCACGUUCAUGCUGUAA